GUCUUGAUGAGGAGGGGGUCGUAUUCUUGCUCCGGAUACUAUACUCCAAGGCUGCAGUGAUAUAAGUUAAGUCUCCAGGCCAUUUGGCAAGCGCCUGAAUUCGCCCAUCGUCGCAAAGAUGCACGUUCCUACAUCUGCUGUCGCUCUCGCGGCGGCGCUUCUUGUACCUCUGGCUCUAGCUCAAGCAAAUACAAGUUAUGUCGACUACAACACCUCGCCUAAUCCGGAUUUAUUCCCUCUCACCUUUAAACUUCUGAAAACGUCUUUCCCUGACUGUAAUAAUGGCCCGUUAAGCCAAACACGGGUGUGCGAUAAGACUGCUCGACCUCACGACCGAGCCGCAGCCCUCGUGUCGUUACUCACCCUUGAAGAACUCGUAAAUAACACAGGCAACACUGGCCUAGGUGUGCCGAGAUUGGGCCUGCCAAAUUACCAGGUGUGGGAAGAAGCCCUGCAUGGCGUUGCCCGUGCCGAUUGGUCUUCGUCGGGGGAAUAUAGUUGGGCUACUUCGUUCCCCAUGCCAAUUCUCACUAUGGCGGCUCUGAACCGCACCCUGGUCAAUCAGAUCGCAUCUAUCAUCUCGACGCAAUUACGUGCGUACAGUAACAUCGGCCGAGGCGGAUUGGAUGUAUACGCGCCUAAUAUCAACACAUUCCGUCACCCUGUCUGGGGCCGUGGCCAGGAGACGCCCGGCGAAGACGCAUACUGUUUAACAUCUGCGUAUGCAUACGAGUACAUAACAGGUCUUCAAGGAGGAGUGGACCCAGAGCACCUGAAAAUCGUCGCGACAGCCAAACACUAUGCGGGCUACGAUAUUGAAAACUGGGAAAACCAUUCCCGCCUAGCAAAUGACAUGCAAAUCACCCAGCAAGAGCUCUCCGAAUACUACACGCCUCAAUUCCUGGUCGCGGCCCGCGACGCAAGAGUCCACAGCGUCAUGUGUUCAUAUAAUGCCGUAAACGGAGUACCGAGUUGCUCGAAUUCCUUUUUCCUGCAAACUCUUCUUCGUGAUACUUUUGGUUUCGUCGAAGAUGGAUAUGUAUCUGGCGACUGCGGCGCUGUGUAUAACGUCUUCAACCCCCACGGGUAUGCGGCGAACGAAUCAGGUGCUGCGGCCGAUUCCAUCAGGGCCGGAACCGAUAUUGACUGCGGGACGUCCUACCAGUCGCGAUUUGAGGACGCGUUUGAGGACGGGCUGCUCUCGAGAUCGGAUAUCGAGCGCGGAGUUAUCCGUCUAUAUAGCAACCUCGUACGUUUGGGUUACUUCGAUGGCGAGGACCAGGAGUAUCGCGGCAUAUCGUGGAAUGAUGUCCUCAAGACCGAUGCGUGGAAUAUCUCCUACGAGGCUGCCGUGGAGGGAAUCGUUCUGCUCAAAAACGACGAUACCCUGCCUCUCUCUCCUCAUAUUCGGAGCAUUGCGCUAAUUGGGCCGUGGGCUAAUGCCACCGUUGAGUUGCAGGGGAAUUACUACGGCCCUGCGCCGUACCUUAUCAGUCCACUCAGCGCAUUUCAGAGCUCUGGCCUCAAGAUCCACUAUGCCGAAGGGACGGCAAUCAAGUCCGACUCCCAGGAAGGAUUUCACGCGGCUCUUGCAGCGGCCAGAAAUGCAGAUGCUAUUGUCUUUGCCGGCGGAAUCGACGAGACAAUAGAAGGAGAGGCUAUGGAUCGGGAAAGCAUCGCCUGGCCAGGCAACCAGCUCGAGCUCAUCCAGCAGCUCAGCCAGUUACAAAAGCCUCUGAUUGUACUGCAAAUGGGAGGCGGACAGGUCGACUCUUCGUCGUUGAAAGAUAGCAAACAUGUGAAUGCCUUAAUCUGGGGAGGCUAUCCCGGCCAGUCUGGUGGCCAGGCGCUGUUCGAUAUCAUCACUGGCAAGCGCGCACCGGCCGGUCGUCUGGUUUCAACACAGUACCCUGCUGAAUAUGCAUUGCAGUUCCCGGCUAUCGAUAUGAAUCUACGCCCGAGCGGACAUAAUCCGGGUCAAACGUACAUGUGGUAUACCGGCACUCCGGUCUUUGAGUUUGGGCAUGGAUUAUUUUACACUACCUUCCACGAGGGACAUGCCGGGUCAUCGGAUCUAGGGUCAUACGACAUUACUGACAUUUUAUCCCAGCCAUAUACCGGUUACAUGUACGCGGAACAGCGACCACUCCUCCACUUCACGGCGAGAAUUACCAACACUGGUAGACGCACCUCCGACUACACUGCCAUGGUGUUUGCGAACACGACUGCUGGCCCCUUGCCGCAUCCGAAUAAAUGGCUCAUUGGCUUUGAUAGGCUCGCCGCGUUGAAUCCUGGCGCUUCUACCACAUUGGCGAUCCCAGUGACUAUUGAUAGUGUGGCGCGUACUGACGAACAAGGGAAUAGGGUGCUGUAUCCCGGCAGAUAUGAAUUGGCAUUGAAUAACGAGCGGUCGGUUGUUCUUUCUUUUACUUUGGCGGGCGAUGAGGCGGUUCUUCUUAAGUGGCCUCUUCCGAAUCAAGGGAUCCCUCCAGCCUCUUGAUGAGACUGCGUGUGUCUACAUGGAGUUACUUCUCGCAUAUAGUGGUCAAAACUUCCCAGGCAGUCUUCCAGAAUAAAACAGCUCACAGACGAUAUAUAACCGGGGACAAAUGCUCGAGAACGUCGGAUCACAUAUGGUAGUAGUAUGGCUCGGCUGUCUACUCAUAGUAUCCAUGCUACUAUUCACAACGGCUAGAUGGGCUUGCCUGGACUAUAAAUGGAACUGGUAUAUAAAAGUUUGAGAACGACCAGAGUAUAAAACACUGAGAGACGGGUCUACGUAGGGAGAGCGGCCGGGAGCGAGGCAAGAUUGG